CAUGCCCGAGUGUCAUCACGAGAGGGCAGUACAGCCAAACAAAUUCCUUUUGAAAUGGCGGCUUCUGCCUUGGAUACACAAACAAAACGAAGGAGCCUGCCACCUUUGAACACAAGCGAAACAGAAACAGCAUCACCCAAGAAGACUAAAAAGAAGAAGAAAAAUGUUGAAGGAGUAGAUGCUAGUGACUCUCAACUGUCGAAUGUGAGCAAGCUGAGAGGUACUGUGUCAGAGAGUACAGAGGUCAGAGGUCAAAAUACUACCGCCAGUACAGAAGAUAUAGCGAAUGUGGGCAAUGGAAGUAAGAGGAAGAAAAAGAAAAGAAAACCACCAGAUGCACCAGAUGGCAAUGUUGAUGAAGAUGAUACAUCAGGCAAAGCUCCAGCAAUUGAAAAUCUGAGAUCCUCUCCAGGUGCUGCUAGGAGGAAAAGAGACGGAAGGAAAUCCCACAUACCUAGGUCUGUGAGUGAUGAGAUCAUACCAGAAUCCAAUGGCAAUGCAAAGCAGAAAGCAAAGAGGCCAAAGUCAAAGUUCUUACCAGAAGACAGUGCCGAUGGUGAGGAAGAGGGUCCGAAGACACCUCAAGCCCGACCUCCGACAGGCAAGGCUAAAUCCAAGAAAAAGAAAGCAAGGCCAAUCACAUCGGGUGAUGAGAACUAUCAUGCUGAUGGAGAAGAUUUAUUAUUUUCCGCUGAUGAUGUAGUGACUGGUGAGGUUCAAGUAGAGACGGCCCAUCAGCCCCCUGCUUCUCAGGUCGCUGUACUUCCAAGUCAACCAGUCAAUAAGCUAUUCAUGGAAAGGAAAGGUGGAUUUGCCAGUGAGGACAAAAAGCGACUGAUCAAACGGAGAGAUCGUGAGAGGAGAUUACAACAAGAGGCCCCAGAAGAGGUCAACUUCACUACAACUCAGUGUGCGCUGUCUACCCAUCAUAAGUUCCUGACCUUCACUUUGCUAUGCCACGGUGUUUUAGCUGGAUAUUCAUUAUGGCAAUGUGUCGUGGUCUUCGUAUUAGCUUCUGAACUUCAAGGUUCCGGAAAGGACGGUCAGACACAGUUCCUAGAGCAGUACAGCAGACUAGCUCAGCCUGCAUCCUCAGUCUAUUACUUCUUACUUGCCCUCUGUACGGUUUCUGUGUUUGAUAGAUUUGAUAUAGCCAGGCCAGACAGGCAGUUCUUCAGAGGUCUCCUCACAUUCCAGUCAGGAGCAGUUUCUAUUUUAGUGUACCUAAUUUCAUUGAUAUUCUCAACAAGCAUAGCUGCAAUAGAUGACAGAAUUAGUCUCUUCCUCAAGUCUGAUCCUCCAUAUUGUGAACCUAAUUGUCCUGAAGAUGGUAGUCUCUGGGAUGACGAUGAAGCCGCCUCAAGAUUAAAUAUCUGGCGUAUCAUCAAUGUGAUCCGAGCUAUCGGCUCUAUUCUUGGUUGGAUCAUCAUAGCUAUUACACCAACUACAGAUUAUACAUCAGAUCACUUGCAUGAUGCUGAUGUACCUUUAUGGGAAGAACAGCAGGAGACAGAACUAGGGAACAUGGCAUCACAGGCAUGACAGGGCAACUUCAUCAUGUUCCAAGAAAUGAGAUACAGUUUGAGGAGAUUUACAAGCGGCACAGCAAGCAGCUUACUACAUCAGCCAUGGAUAUCUGGAUGCGCAAUGAUAUAUGACCAGUACUCUAGUUUCUAGAGUGUAGAUUUGAGUGUGAGUUGACGAUGUGAUAACGCCUAUACUAGACGGUGUAUUUCUAAACAGGGUUUGAGAAAAUUAUGGUGAAAUCAAUAGAAAUCUCAGGAGUAUGCAAUUCUUUUUCUUCUCAUUUUUAAUUUUUUUGAAAAUAUAUGUAAACCAUCAACUUCUGGAUCCACUGAAAUGCCCUUUCAAAUAUGCAUAAACCAUGACAACCUACUAUUAAAAGUUUAAAACUUGUAAAUGAAUGGCAACUGCAUGCCCAAAGUGUUGAGGAGUUAUUCACUGGGCUCUGUGUUUUAAGGUACAGAAAUGUAAGAAACUUGCGAUAUAAAAAUAUAAAAUAAACCACUUUGGUUUACCGCAUCCUAUCUGAGCGAGGCUUAAAGCUCAUGUACAGUUCUGGUAGCAGAAAGGAAAUUGGAAAGAAAUAAAAAUAAACAUGUAGUCACAUGUUGUUCUCCUUGUAGCAAAAGAUACAUGUGUAUUAAGACCAUUUGAUAUUCUAUCUAUGAUUUGCAGUGUUUGUAGUGUAAAUAUCUGCAAGAAACGCUAGAUAAUGACUGUACACUCCCCUACGCUAGGACCUUCCACCCAGAUGGUUUUAGGCACAUAAAUCUUGGCGCUUCGUGUAGAGACGGAUGUGUGUAGAGAGUUGCACGUGUACACGUAAUGCUAAAAACUCUAUGCGUUUGUAGUGCAGGUUGCUUAUUUUCUUCCCAGGAUGGGGAUCAAAUUAUUUUCUAGCUCUCAUUUGUUUCAUAUUUCAUUUGAGAAGAAAAAAAACAUACUUCACAGCAUUGAAGGGAUCAAAAUUAUUUUCUACCUCUCAGUUUUUCUCAUUAAGAAGGAAAACAAAAGCUUCACAGAACUUACGGAGUGCAGGUAUCAUCCUAAAAAAAUCAAAGAAAUCCGACGAAAAGUUUGUGAGGG